AUGGCCAAUUCACUCACCGGCCUCCUCUCCCAACUCCUUUUCUUGUACCUCGCAUCUUCACCUACCACUACAUCAGCCUGCUUUACCAAACGUUCCCUACCCGCAGCAGAAGCAGACUGGUCCUACGACGCUGUCGACCACUGGGCAGACUCGAACCCUUCUUACGGCACCUGUCGAAAUGGAAGUCAUCAAUCUCCUAUUGCAUUGAAUUCUCAAUCUCUUCUCUCCAACACAACGACGACAACAUUUCCUCAUUCCCCAAGUUUCAAUUACACUGGCUUCUGGACCGGCAAUUUCAGCCAUAAUGGAAAUAGUCUUAAAUUCGACCUUUUUCCAUUAUCCUCCUCUACCGGGACAACAACAACAGAAGAAGACGAUGUUACUACUCUCCCCGCACUUACCACCAACAACGAAACUUUCUACCUCUCCAGUUGGCACACUCACAUCCCCGGCGAACACAUCAUUGACGGAGACACCACCGAAGCAGAAAUGCAUUUCGUGCACAUAGACCUCCAAAGCAAAAUUCGAGCCGUCGUAGCUUUUCGCUUAGAUCCUUCCAUCUCAACAGAGUCCGCUCAUUCAAACUUCUUCGCCCAACUCGGUCCUUUCCCUCGUGACCCUUCCACGUCUCCGAGGCGAGUGGAGAGUUUUCAACCCGGAUUAGUGUGGCAGGAUGUUGGGAAGGAAUUGGUGGAGGAACAGGGGAGAUAUUGGACGUAUAGUGGUUCGUUGACGACUCCGCCGUGUUCGGAGGGAGUGAGAUGGUUUGUGGUGGAGGAGAAAUUUGUGUUGGGAGAUGCGCAGUUGCAGGAGUUGUUGGAUGUUAGUCGCUUUUCGGCGAGGAGGGUGCAGAGGGUUUGGAGGCAUGGGGUGGGGGUUUAA